AUGGGCUGGCUGAGUUGUUGCGGAGACGCUUCUAGCGCGGACGAUCUCAACCACAGAUGGCGAAAAGGAUCUUCGGAGCGGGCCGUCACCAAUCCGAAAGUCGCUCCUCACAUCGUCGAAGGUAUGACCCCCUCAACCUCUUCCCGAAAGGGAGAAAGCGAGAUGUCGCACGGCGAUACAACCGCUAAGGCUGACGCGUCGCUCCGCUCGGAUCGAGGCGCGAACUCUCCGCAGCAGAAGCAGCAGCCGCAGCAGCAGCAGCAGUCAGCCAGUAGCAGCAGCAGCAGCGGGACCCGAUCAAUCCAAACCUCGUCUGUUUCUCGGAGCGAGGACGGGGGAGCAGCGGUGCCGUCGGGUGGGGAGGCCGAGGCGACGGAAACUGGAAUGGAAAACGUUAACGGUCAGACUCCUGCUUCUGCGGCCGCCGCUUCCGCUGAUGGCGAAACGCGAAGGGCAGACGGGGAGUCGCACGAGGGCGAUCCUGCGUCGCAGCCUUCGCAGCCGUCGCAUCCGCCGCAGGCGUCGCAGCAGGUGUCGUUCAAUCCGCUAGUAGGGGUUGCUCCGUCGAUCGCCGCGCAGACGUUCACCUUUCGCGAGCUCGAGCGUGCGACGGGCGGGUUCUCGAAGAAGAACUUCGUAGGCGAAGGAGGAUUUGGACGCGUUUAUAAGGGAAAGCUGGAGUCUACUGGCCAGAUAGUAGCCGUGAAGCAGCUCGACCGUAACGGAAUGCAAGGCAACAGAGAGUUUCUCGUGGAGGUGCUCAUGCUGUCGCUGUUACACCACCCGCAUCUCGUGAACCUGAUUGGCUACUGUGCCGAUGGCGACCAGCGGCUAUUGGUGUACGAAUUCAUGGCGAACGGCGCACUCGAGGACCAUCUACACGACUUGCCGGAGGGUAAAGAGCCGUUGGAAUGGAACAUGCGCAUGCACGUGGCUGCUGGCGCCGCCAAGGGUCUCGAAUAUUUACACGUUAAGGCGAAUCCUCCCGUUAUUUAUCGCGAUUUUAAAUCAUCGAACAUCCUUCUCGACGAAUCAUGGCAUCCGAAGCUUUCCGAUUUCGGCCUGGCGAAACUCGGCCCGGUUGGCGACAAAACGCACGUUUCCACGCGAGUCAUGGGAACGUACGGUUACUGUGCACCCGAGUACGCUAUGACGGGUCAGCUUACAGUGAAGUCGGACGUGUACAGUUUCGGUGUCGUGCUUUUGGAGCUGAUCACUGGUCGGCGUGCGAUUGACAUGCGGAGGCGACACGGCGAACACAAUCUCGUCGCAUGGGCUCGGCCAUUGUUCAAAGACAGGCGGAAGUUUCCAGCCAUGGCGGACCCGGGGUUGAGGGGGCGCUACCCGAUGCGAGGGCUGUAUCAGGCUCUGGCAGUGGCGGCCAUGUGUUUGCAGGAGCAGGCGGCUCAGCGACCCAUGAUUGGCGAUGUGGUUACCGCAUUGAGCUACCUCGCCAACCAGCCGUUUGACCCCGAUAAGAUCACGAGGUGA